CUUAUCAUUUACUUAUCGUGCAGUAUCAAAGUUCAUUCUUUGGAAGUUAUUUUUGCCGGUGUUUGAGAUUCAUCGGCAGUCAUUUCAUUUAGUAUUUGUUAAGAAAGACUACGUUAUAGUAGUUAUCACAGAAAAUGGCCUCUAUUGGUGCUGUAACUCGUGUUUUGUUGGGAAAGAAUGUGGCCAACAAGGUAGCUGCCGCGAAUACCGGUUUUAUAAAAUUCUAUAGCACUGCUCCAGCUUACGAGAACAUCAAAAUCGAUGUAGUUGGUGCCAAGAAGAAUGUAGCACUCAUCCAGCUGAACAGGCCCAAGGCCCUGAACGCUCUCUGCGGACCCCUGUUUGUGGAGCUCGGCCAGGCCGUGAGGGACUUCGAUGCCGACGACAAAGUUGCCGCUAUUGUCAUCACAGGUAACGAGAAGGCUUUCGCUGCUGGAGCCGACAUCAAGGAAAUGCAGAACAACACCUACAGUGAGAACCAGAAGAAGGGAUUCCUCAAGGACUGGGAAGACAUCUCCAACUGCGGCAAGCCCAUCAUCGCUGCCGUCAAUGGAUUCGCUUUGGGUGGUGGUUGCGAGCUCGCCAUGCUGUGCGAUAUCAUCUACGCCGGCGAGAAGGCCAAGUUCGGUCAGCCGGAGAUCAACAUCGGCACCAUCCCCGGCGCCGGCGGCACCCAGCGCCUGCCGCGCUACGUCGGCAAGUCCAAGGCCAUGGAGAUCGUGCUCACUGGCAACUUCAUUGAUGCCGCUGAAGCUGAGAGGAUGGGUCUGGUCAGCCGCGUGUUCCCCGUAGACAAGCUGUUAGAAGAGACCAUCAAGUUAGCCGAGAAGAUCGGCACACACUCCCCGCUUAUCGUCAAGAUGGCGAAGGCCGCCGUCAACCAGGCCUACGAGACCACGCUCAAGUCAGGACUCCUGUUCGAGAAGUCCUACUUCUACGGCACUUUUGCUACUGCUGACCGCAAAGAGGGUAUGUCUGCAUUUGUUGAGAAGAGGCCACCAAACUUCAAGAAUGAAUAAUUUUCUAUGAAUUUUUAUACAUCAUAUUACAAUCAUGUGUCUUUAUACUCUAAGAGAAGGUGCAAUAAACUACGUAGUACUUUUUUAAUUCCUGUUAUCCAGUUUGUAUUUGUAUCGUUUAUACAUAUAAAUGAAUUUAUUUUCUAAA